CAUAUUCUAUAGCACAGAAACCAACCAUGUCUUUGCCGCAAAAGAUUUUAAUCGUGGGGGGAGGUGUCUUCGGACUCUCAACCGCCGACUCCCUCUGCCGCCGUCACCCAACCAGCGAAAUCACCCUACUGGAAUCCUCCCCAACAAUCCCCAACCCGCAGGGCUCCUCAGUCGACACCUCGCGCAUCGUACGCGCAGACUACUCAAACCCCGUGUACACGAAGCUCGCCGCCGAAGCCAUCGCCAAAUGGCGCACCACCGAAUGGGGCCAAGACGGACGGUACACGCAGAGCGGGCUCGUCCUCGUCUACCCCUCCGGCGACACCAACGCCCGCCACUACGCCAUCAAGAGCUACGAGAACGUGCGCCAGCUCGAAGCAGACGAGUCCCUCGUCCAGAUGCUGCCCUCCGCGGCAGACGUCGUGCGCGCCGCCCCGGCCUACGGUCCUAACCUCGACGUCGCAGGCGGCUAUGUCAACUGGGGCUCAGGCUGGUCAGACGCCGAGGCGACAGUGCGGUUCAAAAAGCAGCAGCUCGACAAAGCCGGCAAGGUCAAGUUCCUCACGGGCGAAGCCCGCUCCCUCCUCCACGACACCAGCAACAGCAACAAGGUCACAGGCGUCGUCCUCGCCGACGGCACAACCCUCACAGCCGACCUCGUCAUCCUCGCAACAGGCGCCUGGACAACCCAGCUCGUCGACCUCCGCGGGCGGGCCGUCUCAACCGGCCAGGCACUAGCAUACAUGCGCAUCUCGGACGACGAGCAGCGCCAGCUGGAGAACAUGCCCACUAUCUUGAACUUCGCUACGGGCAUGUUCAUCAUUCCGCCGCGGAACAAUCUGCUCAAGAUCGCCCGCCACGCUUACGGCUACGUUAAUCCCAAGACUGUCCCUGUCCCCGUGCUGGGUGGUCAGGCUUCCACCUCCACGAUGGAGGUCAGUCUGCCUGAAGCGGGCGUGCCCAUCCCGCUGGAGGGAGAAGAGGCGUUCCGCGGCGCGCUCAAGGAACUGUUACCUGCUUUUGCGGAUCGGCCGUUUGUUAGCAGUCGGAUUUGCUGGUACACGGAUACUCCCUCCGGAGACUUCAUAGUCGACCACCACCCCACCCAGGAAGGCCUCUUCCUCGCGACAGGCGGCAGCGGCCACGGAUACAAGUUCUUCCCCGUGCUGGGCGACAAGAUCGUCGACGCGCUGGAGGGAAAGCUGGAGGCGGAGCUGCGCGCGCUGUGGACGUGGCCGGCUGCUGCUGCGUCGCCGGGGGAGUUCGACGGCACGGAGGAUGGGAGUCGGUCGGGGCCGAAGGGGGUGAGGCUGAUGGAUGAGUUGGCGAGGGGGAAGAAGGUUGGGAGAGGGGGUUCGCGUCUGUGA